GGUUAACGCCUGUAAUUGGAUGAAUGGAUGUGGCUCCGGCUCGCCACAGCAUCUGAUUACAGCGGUAGAGCUUUUCAGAACAACCAGGAGGGUUGCUUUUGGGUAUCGUAACCUGGUCGUCAGAUAGCACACGUUUAGUGACUUGUAAUACUGUUUGACAAAAGCAGAUUUGACCAAUACUGGCGAUGCUGGACUUUUAUUUAAUGUGGCAGGACAUCGAAUUAUUUUAAUUUCGUUGCAAUGGCAGAGCGGUAUCUACGACCGCUUUCGUUGUCUUCGGGAACGUUUAGAAACGAAUUUGUUCAUGCACUUUCGGACAUGAAGAGAUAACACGGUUUUGGCAUCUCUCUCCUGUUUGUUUAUUAAAGGAUUGCUCUGGGGACUUUUUUCUCCGGAAUUGAUAACUAACUGUAGGCUCCUGAAGUACGGAUUGAAGAAGCCUUUGAAAGCAGCAACAGGGACACAGAGAAAGCCAAGUUCCUGGACAGGGACAUCUUGGACCUCAUCCCAUCUUUUUUAAUUUCAUCUUGGUUUAACAGAUAGCCGCCAUCAUUCCGUGCUGUAAAGGCGACCCCGAAAUGUCUUCAAAUGGAGACCUGCGAGACGCCGGGAGCUACGAAAGCUUCUGGGAGCCAGGCAACUACAAGCGGACAGUGAAGCGCAUCGACGAUGGACACAAGCUGUGCAACGAGCUGGUCAGCUGCUUCACUGAGCGGGCCAAGAUUGAGAAGAGCUAUUCCCAACAGCUGGGUGACUGGGCAAAGAAGUGGCGAGGCGUUGUGGAGAAAGGACCUCAGUAUGGGACCCUUGAGAAGGCGUGGCACGCCUUCAUGAAUGCCGCUGAUCGGCUGAGCGAGAUCCACAUGGAGCUGAAGGAGCACCUUGCCGUGGAAGACAGCGAGAAGGUCCGUAACUGGCAGAAAGAUGCCUUCCACAAGCAGAUGAUCGGAGGGUUCCGCGAGACAAAGGAUGCUGAUGAAGGAUUCCGCAAGGCACAGAAACCCUGGGUCCGGAAAUUGAAAGACGUGGAGUCAUCGAAGAAGAGUUACCACCAAGCUCGUAAGGAGGAGAAGACAGCUUUGACUCGUGAGACCCAUGCCAAGGCUGACCCCACCAAGUCACAGGAAGAAGUCCGUAAAUUUACAGACCGUGUCGAGAAAUGUACACAGGAAGCCGAAAAGGCGAAGGAUCGCUAUGAAAAGGCUUUGGAGGAGCUAAACCGCUGUAACCCGCGCUACAUGGAGGAUAUGGAACAAGUGUUUGAGAUCACCCAGGAGGCUGAGAAGAACCGGCUAUGCUUCUUCAAGGAGAUCCUGCUGGACAUCCACAAACACCUAGAUCUUUCCACCAGUGAUGGAUUCAAGGCCCUGUACCGCGACCUGGGCCAGACUAUCACUGCAGCCAAUGACAGCGAAGACCUGAGGUGGUGGAGGAACACCCACGGACCUGGCAUGAGCAUGAACUGGCCCCAGUUUGAGGAGUGGUCCCCUGAGUCAAACCGCUCCAUCUCCAAUCAGAAGGCGAAGAACAACCGGGCACAUGAUGUAGUCACCCUGACCAACAUUGUACCUUCAAGCGAGGAGGCACCCCAGACCCCUCAGGAGACCACUAGGGGGGUUAAAGAUUACUCCUCAGAUUGGUCUGAUGAAGACAUCCCCAAGAAGGUCUUCGCUGCUAAUGGGCUGGAGGAGGAGGAGAAGGUAGAAGGUGUACGAGUUAGAGCUCUGUAUGAUUACACAGGGCAGGAGGCGGAUGAGCUGAGCUUUAAAGCAGGUGAAGAGCUAAUGAAGAUGGGUGAGGAGGACGAGCAGGGUUGGUGCAAAGGGCAGCUGGCCAACGGUGAAGUGGGCCUCUACCCUGCUAACUACGUCCAGGCUGUCCCGUCCCGAUGACCGCCUAGCUGCCGUGGGCUACAACGCAGUUAACGGUACUUCAAUAGUACAGGCAUCACGAGAAUUGGCGCCAGACAACAAUGAACACCUACAACAGUGCCGUGAGUCCACUAAAUGACCGGCCAUGCUCGGUUUCACCGAGAUGGCGGUUCAUUUCAAGGAUAAUGAAACCCAAGUACAGUUCGAAUUAAAACAUAUGUUUCCUUAACUAACUAAAGGAUUAGUAACAAGUAUGGAGAUCUUCAAACUAUAAAGGUUUUCCUCAGUCUUUGUGAGAUACAUCACCAUUAGAGUGCCUUUGAAAAGGAUGCCAGGGAAGGACAUUUGCACAGCUCUCUCUGCCAUGUGACUGGCAGGCAGCACUCAAAACCAGAAACUGUGACGAUUUGAGCGACCACCACAGAACACCAAACAUGGCAAGUUAAUUCCUAAUCGACAGAGGAUACCCCCGCAAGGAUGCAGAAGUGAUCUCACUUUUCAGUCAUGUAUCAAAAUGUUGUAGUAGCUUUCCCUCAAAGCACAACUCACUUGAAGUAUUUAUUAAGUUGAGACGGUAUGCACAAUUGUUCACCUGCUACUAGUGUUUAUUUUCCCACAAGUACCUUGUGUAAAUAUAUAUUUUUUUCUCCUAAUAGUAGGUUUAAGUAAGUAGAGACUAUUGAUAUGGGUUUUGUUUUGGAUAGUUAGUUGAUCAAGGUAACAGUACAUUAAAACCUACAUUGGUUUAUGUUUUUAUUUUUGUUAAGAUAGCCAUACUUGGAUCAGAUAAGGGCUAUGAGAGUAAUUCCAUAUUGCCUCAUCUUUUUUUAUUAUAAUUAAAGUAGUCAGACUUAUUUGCAUUGUAAUGUAUUUUUCUCAUUUAAAUCAUUUGAAUUCCUUUUUAUAGACUUAACCAACUAAACCAGGGAGAGUAAGACUUAGUUGAUUUAAACCUGUGGAAUGAUGCUGGUGUGUGCAGCUUUGAGGCUGUUUAUGGGCAAUGGAAAACAAGACUAUUGUCUUUACAGCUCACUGUAUUUUCACUGUUAGCAUGGCUUUACAUGAAUCCACUGUAGCAAUCAAUGAGCUUAUCUAUGUUCAAUUACAAAAUAAACUUUUAAAUGAAA